AUGUGUAUAGCGUGUAUCAAGAAGGUGGCGGUGCUGCCUCCAGCGCCUGCAGAGAAGAAGCUCUUCCCCUCUGAGACUCCCGAGCCCAUUGAGGAGCCCACCAAAAAACCUGCCAACAAGAAGAAGCAGAAGCUGAUGCACACUUAUGCCCCAGCCAAGCCCAAAAAAUGCAAGCAGGAGGAUGACAAGGAUGAGCCUGGGCCAUCACAAAAACAGUCCCGCCUUCCAGAGGCAGAAAUCAAGUCACCUGUUGCACCACUCUGUAUGGUGGAGCAUAAGAUGCUGGAGCUGCAUAAGAGCCUGCAAAUGGCUCAAAAAGUGGUGGAUGUGGCGCAGAAAGCAGUGGACAGGGGGGUGGCCUGGGCAGAGCAGAUCCAGACUCUCCUGGGGCAGGCUCUGGCUGAGUAA